UCUCCGUCGAGCGAAUCUCAUCUCGAGCCGUUCAUCCUCAUCCUCUCUAUCUUUACCUUCUCUCUCGCCCCUCUUCUAGGGUUUCCAGAUCUCAGCCAGUUUCUUUUUCGAUCUGCAGUCUUUUCUUCGAUCGGAUCUGAGAUCUAAUAAACUCAUCACGAUGUACGGAUUCGAAGCGAUGACGUUCAACAUCCAUGGCGGAUACCUGGAGGCGAUCGUUCGAGGGCACAGAUCUGGACUUCUCACCGCUGCCGACUACAACAAUCUUUGCCAGUGCGAAACCCUAGACGACAUCAAGAUGCACCUCUCUGCUACUGAGUACGGCCCUUACCUUCAGAAUGAACCUUCUCCCUUGCAUACGACGACUAUUGUGGAGAAAUGUACUCUGAAACUGGUUGAUGAGUACAAGCAUAUGCUGUGCCAAGCCACAGAGCCGCUAUCGACCUUUUUGGAAUAUAUUACCUACGGAUACAUGAUCGAUAAUGUUGUCCUAAUUGUAACUGGAACCUUGCAUGAAAGGGAUGUUCAAGAGCUACUUGAGAAAUGCCAUCCCCUGGGCAUGUUUGAUAGUAUUGCAACCCUUGCAGUUGCCCAAAACAUGCGUGAGCUUUACAGGCUAGUACUUAUUGAUACACCAUUGGCUCCAUAUUUCUCGGAGUGCAUUACUUCAGAGGAUUUGGAUGACAUGAAUAUUGAAAUUAUGAGAAACACUCUCUACAAAGCCUAUCUUGAGGACUUCUACAAAUUCUGUCAGAAACUAGGUGGUGCUACUGCUGAGAUCAUGUCUGACCUCCUUGCGUUUGAAGCUGAUAGAAGAGCUGUCAAUAUUACCAUAAAUAGUAUUGGCACAGAGUUGACUCGUGAUGACCGACGAAAGCUGUAUUCGAGUUUCGGUUUAUUGUAUCCUUAUGGCCAUGAGGAACUUGCUAUCUGCGAGGACAUUGAUCAGGUUCGAGGUGUUAUGGAGAAAUAUCCUCCAUAUCAGGCAAUCUUUGCGAAACUGUCUUAUGGUGAAAGUCAGAUGCUGGACAAAGCAUUCUAUGAAGAGGAGGUGAAGAGGCUUUGUUUGGCUUUUGAACAGCAGUUCCACUAUGCUGUUUUCUUUGCGUAUAUGAGAUUGAGGGAGCAAGAGAUUAGGAACCUGAUGUGGAUAUCAGAAUGCGUGGCACAAAAUCAGAAGUCGAGAGUCCACGACAGUGUUGUUUUCAUCUUCUAAGUGUGCAUCAGUUCUAUCUCUACUCGGUUUAAAAAUUUGGCCGUAUUACUUUUACUGAAUGGGCAAAGGAAUAAAACAUAAAUAUUUGUUUUCUGGUUAAGGAGGAAGCGGUGCAUCUUGGGAUCUCAGCUUCCACACAAUAAGGUCAUAGUGUAUAUUACAUGCUCAUGUUCCUCAUGUCAAUAAUAUUAGUACUAGUUUUAUGUACCUCGAGAUUCAGCUGGACUUGGAAAAAGGAAAAAAAAAGUAUUAUAUGUGCGAUGACAGGAUCUGUAUUAUAAGACACCAGUUCCGUUUGCUGAACAUAAUUGAAUGCUAUUCUUUUUGACCUGAAAUA